GGAGCCGGCAGCGCGCCGCGGCGGAGUGGGCCGCCCUGGCCAGGGAGGCAGGCGGCGCCCAGCCGCCCUCGGCGGCAGAGGCCGAGAAGACCCUCGCGCAGGUGCAGGCCGAGCUGGGGGCGAAGCAGCGCGAGCUCCAGGAGUUCCACGAGGCGGGGGAGGCGGGCGUGCUCGCUGGGGGCUUCGAUGCGCGGCUGGCCGCCAAGCAGCGCCAGCUCGAGGAGUUCGUCGAGCAGCAGAGGGCCCGGGCGCAGGCCGCGGAGCGCGCGGCCCGCGCCGCGGGGGCGGAGGCGGAGCUGGAGGCCCAGCAGCGCGAGCUGCGGGUGGUGGGGCAGCAGAAGCUCGAGGCCGAGCUGCUGAGCAAGCAGCGCGAGGCGCGGGCCGCCGAGCAGGCGGCCCACGACGCGCAGGCCCUGCAGGUGGCCCGCGACGCGGCCGCGGAGCAGGAGCGCGCCGCGCAGGCCGAGGGUGCCCGGGUGAAGCAGCUCCAGGCCGAGCUGGAGGCCCAGCAGCGCGAGCUGAAGGAGUACAUCCAGACCCAGCUCCCGAAACUCUCCGGGGCGCAGGCCGCCAAGCAGCGCACGCUCAGCAAGUUCCUCGAGGCCCAGAGGGCCAAGAUGGAGGCCGCCGAGCAGGCGGCCCGCGACGCGGCCGUCGAGCAGGAGCGCGCCGCGCAGGCCGAGCGGUGGCGCGUGCAGCAGCUCCGGGCGCAGCUGGGGGCCAAGGGCCGCGAGCUCGAGGCUGUCAUCGCGAGGCAGGAGGCGAUCCGGGGGGAGAUCGAGGCCACGCAGCGCGACAUCGAGGAGGCGACCGAGGCCACGCAGGCCAAGGCGCAGGUCGCCGAGCAGGCGGCCCGCGACGUGCAGGCCCUGCGGCUCGCGGUGGCGCAGGCCGCCGAGCGGGCUCGCCUCGCGCAGGCCGAGGCCGAGCUGGAGACCAAGCAGCGCGAGCACCGUGUGAUGGAGGAGAAGCAGAGGCUUGGGGACGAGCUGGACUUCAAGCAUCGCGAGCUCAGGGAGGCGACCGAGGCGCAGAAGGCCAGGGAGCAGGCUGCCGGGAGGGCGACGCGCGACGCGCAGGCCCUGCAGGUGGCCGUGGCGAAGGCCGCCGAGCAGGACCGCUUCGCACGUGCCGAGGGCGAGCUGGAGAGCAAGCAGCGCGAGCACGAGGUGCUGAGUAAGUAUCAGAAGCUUGAGGCCGAGAUGGAGUCGAAGCAGCGCGUGAUCCAGGAGGCCACCGAGGCCCUGCCGGCCGAGCAGCGGGCCGCCGCCGAGCAGGCGGCCAGGGCGGCGCAGUCCGAGUCGCAGGCCCUCUCCGCGCAGGCGCGCGAGGCGCAGGCCCGCGAGGCGAUGGCCCAGCAGGCGGCCGCGGAGGAGUCGGCCCGCGAAGCGCAGGCCCAGCAGGCGGCCGCGGCGCAGGCCCGCGAGGCGCAGGCCCUGGAGGCGGCGGCCGUGGCGCAGGCCGCCGAGGAGUCGGCCCGCGAGGCGCAGGCCCGCGCCGCGCAGGUCGAGGCGGGGAUCCGCGAGGCACAGGCCCGCGGGGCGCAGGCCCGCGAGGCGGAGGCCCGCGACGCGCAGGCCCAGCGGGCGGCCGAGG